UAGAGCCACACUGCCGAAGCCCGACGGACUCUGUUUGAUCUAAUCAGAUGGAUCUGAUAAGAUGAGCCGUUUCGUUUCGGGGGCGGGCGAUAGGCGACGGGGACAAUUUGGACCUGCGCCCCUCUACCAGAUAAACGUUCUGAUUGCGGAAGCCCUCGGGUUGCGGGGAUCCGAAAGCAGGUGGUAACGAAAUGACCAAGGGAAUCAUAGAGCUGGGGGAGCUGGGAUCAGCUUUUGAGAUCAGGUCGUCCAUUCCCAACCACGGCACACGUAUUCCAGGCAAUCCCCCCAUUUUCGGAUUUGUCACCAGUUUCGGCUUUCCUUGUUCUGCGCUAGGUUCGUUGACCAGUCCCGCUUGCCGGAACCGCCCACCGUGCAUCCGGAUAGCAGCCUUGACCGAAAGAAGGAACGCCGUGGUGGGGGUCCAAGGCGUCUCAGGCCCAGGUUAUUGGGCGCAAGGUGAUGCGGGGUUGUCGCUAAGAAAUGCGCUGACAGCGUGGCGAGCGGGAGGCGGGACGAUCCAUAACCUGGCGGGCCGCAUUCCUUUUUUCCAAUGGCUCCCGCCCGCUUUCGUUUCUCUCCCUUGCGGAUACAACCCCGUUUUGUUGGUUCCACGACAGGAGAAGCGACAGACACGAGCGUCUACAUUGGAUCCAACAGCAGUGUGCGCAACCAACAUGUCGGGUCAAGAACAGCCCGUCAUCGAGUUUGUAUGUUCGCCCGCAUCGCAGAUCCCCUCUGUCUCACAUUCCAUCCAUCGAUCCGCUGCUCACCGCUUCGGCCCAAACCCUUAGGACCCCAACGUUGUGGGCAAUCUUGAAGAUGAUAACGACUCCUCCGCCGACGUGACCAGGUGAGCGAGCCCUCUUGAAUCGUCGCGAUAUGGCGUCGUGAGUUGACAU